AUGUCCGACGACUAUGGCUUUGACGACGCAUUCGACGACUCCUUCCUCCGCGAGGUAGACAACAUCACUGCUGUAGCCAGCACAUCCGCCGCCGCUGCUGCUGGACAAACCAAAAACAUCGCCCGGACAACCUCUCACCCCGUCACAUCAUUCAACAAGGGCUGGACAGCAGCCCAACGGAGCGUCUCUGCGGCUUCGGGAUCGUCCUCUCGCGCCGAAGCUCGCCGUCUCGCCCUCCUCGGUCUUUCCUCCAAACCCCCAUCGCAAGGUCUAGGAUUCAAGCCCAUACCCAAGAACGCGGUCGCGUCGUCCUCUCGCGCCCUGCACCCUCCCGCGGCAUCUGGUUCUCGCCUCGGACGCACUUCCAGCGGACCUACCGGCGUCCAGACCCAUCUGAACUUCCGCAGAGAGAACCAGACGACCAAGGGGAAGAUAUGGGACCGGACAGCGUUUGCAGCUACGGGGCGGAAGAAGGUCAUCAAGAAUAAGGAUGCGUUGGAGGCGCAGAAGAAGAGAAAGCGCGGUGAGGCGUUCGAUGAUGAAGAGGACGAGAUGGAUGAGGAGGAAGAUGAUUGGGGAGAACCGCUGGCUCCUGAUCCGAAAUCCAAGGUGGACUUAUCAUAUGAACCACCGAAACAUCACCCCGAUCUAGAAGCCACCAAGACUUACAUCUACCCUACCAAUCGACCCAAGCGGGACUACCAGUUCGACAUCGUCAUGGCGUGUUUUACGGAUAAUUGCUUGGUAGCUCUACCAACGGGUCUGGGAAAGACCUUUGUGGCGGGAGUAGUGAUGUUGAAUUUCUACCGCUGGUUCCCCACUGGAAAGAUAGUCUUCCUCGCCCCGACUAAGCCACUCGUCAACCAGCAGAUCGAGGCGUGUCAAAUGACCUGCGGUAUUCCGAGCAAGGACGCGGCUGUUAUGACUGGAUCCAGUGUAUCAGCAAAAGAGCGAGUAAAACUGUGGCAAGAAAGACGCGUCUUCUACUGUACCCCUCAAACAAUGUAUAAUGACCUAACGACCGGCCGACUCGAUCCCCGCGAUAUUGUCCUAGCUGUAUUUGACGAGGCGCACAAAGCCUCGGGAUCAUACGCCUAUACCACCAUCCUCGCCUACCUUACCGCUCACCAACCGCACUUCCGAGUACUGGCCCUCACAGCCACCCCUGGGGCAGAUGUACCGAAAGUCCAGGGCGUGGUAGAUGCGCUGCAUAUCAGUCGGAUCGAGAUCAGGGAGGCGGAGGAUCCGGCCAUUAGCAAGUACAUGAAUGAGAAGCACACAGAGCAGCAUGUCGUACCCAUGUCGGAUGUCAUUGAGGGAUUCAGAGAUCGCUGGGCGGUCUUGAUGCGGCCUAUGGUGCAGAAGCUCGUAGACAAGGGUGUCCUGAUGGACCGCGACCUCGAUACGAAGCGUCUCAAGCCUUUCCGGCUUACGGCGAAGCGUAUGGAGAUCAGUCGGGACCGGACAAGCGGGGUGAGGUGGGCACUGGGGUCGCUGCAGAGUCUUGAGCAGAUGGCCAGAGCCAUGACCCAUCUUCUCGAAUUCUCGUUAGGCAUGUUCCGCGCGACCCUCCUCGAGAUAGCCGGUAACACCUCGCAAGAAACGGGCAAGAAAGUCGGGUCCAAGGGAAAUUCCAAUUCCCUGCGGAACAACCUGGAAUUUCAGAAGCUGCUGCGGGAUGUUGAGGCGGAGAUGAACCUCAUGCGAAUAGGAGCUGGAGGGAGGGGGAGGAGUGAUGCGCAUCCGAAGAUGGGCAAGACAUUAGAACUGCUUCUUGCACACUUCACCCAAGCUGCAGAGGACGAGAAGGUGCAUGGGAUCAAGAAUGAUACGAGGGCGAUGGUGUUUUGCUCUUUCCGGCAUUGUGUCUUGGAGGUGGUGGAUAUGCUGAAUGAUCACCCUGCCUUGCUGAAGGCUACCAAAUUCGUCGGUCAGUCGCAGGGAAAGCAGGAGAAUGAUAAGGGGUUUAACCAGAAGGAGCAGAAGAAGACCAUUGUCGACUUCAAAGAAGGCAAACACAAUAUCUUGGUAUCUACUUCUAUCGGCGAGGAGGGUCUUGAUAUCGGAGAGGUCGACUUUGUCAUUAUCUAUGAUAUGCCUAAGCAGAGUAUCAAGUUGCUCCAACGUAUCGGUCGUACCGGUAGAAAACGCUCCGGGCAGGUCCACGUCCUCAUGUCCGGGAAUCGCGAAGACCUGAACUGGGAUAGCGCCCAGCAGACGCAUCGGGAGAUCCAAGAAGAAAUCCUACACUCUCGCAACCUCGAGCUGUUCGAAGACGUCGAGCGACUCCUCCCGGUCGGUCCGUUCCCCAAGUGCGAAGAGAAGGAGAUGCCGGUCGACCCGUGGGACCCGGAAGACCAGAAACGCAAGAUCGUCGCCACGCCAAAGUCCAAGACGAAGGCCAAGGACAAGGAGGCGGGGGCGGGGGCGGUACAGCGGGGAGAUGCGAUACCUGAGGGAGCGGCGAAUGGGUUCCGGAGCGUGGCGGAGUUGCUGAGGGAGCAGGGGAAGCCCAAGAGGAAGGGUGCCAGUCCGGUCCGGAGCGAGAGUGGAGGGGACGAUGAUGUGGUGGAGGACGAGGAGCUGCUUUACGGGCCGAAGGUAGCCAAGGGGAAGAAGGGUAAGGCGGUCGUUGAGGAGGACGAGGAGGCGGCGGAGCCAAAGGAGGAUCCGACCGAUCCCAAGGUGAUCAGGAGGAAAAAGGACGAGGAGGAGCGCAAGAGGCAAGAAUCGAUCGACCGGAUAGGGCUGGACUUUUUCCACCCGUCUGGCCCUCUCCGGAACGGUCCUCGUUUACCCGACCUCACUCCGCCUAGCUCGCCCUCGCCGUCUCCCGUCCGCAAACGAGCUACCCACCCGCCCGGCAGCCCUGACUCCGACUCAGAGCCUCAUAUGCAGGCUCACAAGCUACGCGGAAUGGGCCGCCUCAGUCCAGCUACCGCAGCCCUCGUCGGUUUCAGCCAGAUCGACCCGAUCGACUUGUCCUGGAACGACAGUGACGAGGAGGACGAGACGCUCGUACCUUCUGCUCCGCCCCGUCGGAUCGGGCUGUCCAAGUCCAGACCCGCCUCUCAGGUCGUGACCAAGGCCACGCCCCUCGGCCCAUCAAGAUCUACCCUCGAUAUGCCUCCUCCGCCUAUUCCGGCCCAUCGCUCAUCGUCACCUGCCGGUCCACGCUCGGUGCCCACGCCUGGGAUCGAGGCGACCCAGUUCCUCGUGCGUCGGCCGGUGGCCAGGCGGGCAAGGAUCUUCGAGACGUCUUCAGACAAAGAAGCAAAGAGCGGUCCGGUGGAUGAGGACGCAGUGUCGAGUCCGUUCUUACCGCUCAGAGGGGGGGCCGCGAGGGUAGCCACCGUGAGCAGUGAUCCGGCUUCUAGUCCUGUCGUCCCGCGUAGACCCAGACCAAAGGGGAAAGGCAAGGUGCCUAAAGCUCAGGUUCAGCAAUAUUUCGACGUAGAUGUUGAGAUAUCUGGUACGGACUCGGCGGACGAGCCAUCUCAGGACGAAGAGACCGAGUCGGAUCGCAAGUUCGCCGGGAAAGACUUUGCUCCCACCCAAGCUCCCAAGGGUUACAAUCAACGCGCCGUCUACCUCGCUGGGCUCUCCACCCAGGCGGGAUCCAAAGCGGGACUCGGCGUCAACCCGCGCGGUAAUCCGGAAGGCUUCUUGGCCAAGGCCAGGCGGCCGGUGCUAGUCACAGAUGAUGAGCGGAACAGCGAGAAUGAGUACGAGCUGGGGAGCUUUGUCGUGCAGGAUGAUGAGGAUUUGGGGUUUGACGCGUGUGAGUAG